AUGGAGAAGGAGCAACGAACAGAGUGGCUGCCGUCCACAAUGAGGCGGUACUGGAGCGAGAGGAAGGCGAGGGGCUAUGCGAGAGGAGGUGUUGAUGAUGAUGGUGCAGGCCGCCGCUUCACCGGCCCGCAGGUGGGCGUCUGGCAGGUGUUUGUGCGCACCCUCCAGGGCCAGCUGCUCACCAUACGGGCCGGCCCCAACGACACCGUCGAGGCCCUCAAGUUCAAGGUCUGGGCGCUCGAAGGCAUACCUGCAGAUCAACAGAGAAUGAUAUUUGCGGGGAAGAGACUGGAGGAUGGACGGACCUGCGCGGACUACGGCAUGAGUGAUCAGUGCACGCUGCACCUGGUGCUGCGUCUUCGUGGUGGCGGGCCCGGCCAGGAAAGCGAGGAAGAGCAGCGACGUUCGCAACUGUGGCCUGCACCCGACGGCGCGGAGCCGACGACCACCAACCCGCAGCCCAACUCGUUCGGCUCGAUGGCCGCCGAAGCCCAAGCACGAAAGGUCAGAGUUCCAAGAGCUCUGGGCCUCGCCCGUGACCGGGGAGACAGCAUGUAUGCCGGGCGCACGUUCAUGUUUGAUAUCAAGUUUGGAGUGUUGGACGAGGUCGAUUGGCACCGCCUCAAAGGACGGCCUUCAGCCACCCUCGAGCUGCAGCUGCGCUCUGGCACAGUGAACCUGAAGACCCUCACAAUCACCACCCGGGACAUGACAAUCGGAGAACUGAAGGACACAAUCAGUGCGCGAGACCACAUCGAACGCGGCGCGAUCGAGUUGCACGACUACGGCCAGGCUGGCUUGUGGGAAGACGACAAGAAGCUCAGCGACGUACCGAUUGUUCUCGAGGAGCUGUUCGCUCGUAGGCCGAACUCGUGGGACUUCGACGAGUGGGUCAACCAGUCGGCCUGCUGCCAGUGCCAGACCGAUCCCUCUGAGUUUACUCUCAGGACUCUCCAUCCGGCCAACCACACCCCCGACCCCACGAGUGCUGAGGGCAUAGAACUGCCCAAAUCUCGGCUUAUCAACCACCUGUCGCGCUUGGUCAACGAUCUCGAUGCCCUGCCCGACGUGGUAUUCGUACUCAACAACGGCGAGGACAAGGUGUAUGCGCACAAAUCCAUUCUGGUCGGCCGUAGCCCCGUUUUCAGAGCCAUGUUCUCGGGUCAUGACCCGAGCACCACCGGGCUGACGCAAGUGCCCAUCGACUUGCCCGAACACGCGACUGCUGCCACGUUUGCCAGCUUCGUGCGCGCGGUCUAUACUCUGGCCUACGAUGAGCCAACGGCGAGCCCCGACAUCGCGCACGAGGGCGUCGUCUCGCUGGCCCAGGAGUUCGGCGUGGCUGUGCCUACGGACCCGGCGGCGCGGCAGAGCGAGCUGGAGGUGGCCCAGCUCAAGCUGAUGACCGACGACCAGUUCAAGGACGUCACGCUCGUGGUCGGCGGAGACAAACUCAGGGCGCACAAGUACCUGUUGAUGGCCCGCAGCAAGUACCUGCACACCAUGUUCACCAGAUUCAUUCUUUGCAUUGCCAUGAAUGGCAACGACAGUGGGAUGAAGGAGGGCCGAGAGGGCGUGGCCGAGGUCGAGCUGCACGACAUCGCCUUCCCCGUCCUGCAGCACAUACUCGAGUUCAUCUACACUGACAAGAUCAACGAGUUGCCUGAGAAUCUGGCCGAGCUGCUGAUGGCGGCUGAUCUGUUCCAGCUCGCCCGCCUCAAUCGCUUCGACGCCGAGCCCCUGCGCCAGGCCGCGCUUCACUUCAUUAUGCGCCACUGGACCGACGUCGCCGCGACCCUCGACGUCGCCGCCGAGCCCGGUUCCUCCGCCAUCGCGGAGCUUCGCCAGCUUCGGGCCGCCAUCUUCGCUCACGUUCUCAACUGCUGCGUGUUCUUCGCCGGCGGCCUGGUCUACGCGGUGGCCCUGUGGUGCCUCGACUUCUCGCGCUACCCCGACAGCCCCAUGCACCUGGUCUUCGCCAUUGGGUCGCCCAUGCUGAUGGUCAUCGGGGCCGUCGGGCUCGUGGGCUACUUCAGGCGCAGCCUGCCCUGCGCGCUGGUCUACAUCACCGGCAUCUACGCCUUCUUCCUGGGCUCCUGCUUCGUGCUGUCGUUCGAGCUGGCCCAGGCCGUGCAGCGAAGCGACCGGACGGUGGUGGCCGUAUUCAUCUCCCUGCUCAGCUUCCUGUUCGCAUUCACCAUGCCCCGGUGCUACAAGGCCGAGCGCGACUUCGUGGGCGAGCUCCUGGAGGAGCGCCGACAGGUCCAGGCGCACCACGAAGACGUGGCCCUCCUCCAAUCUGCAAAGUAUAGAAGAAGAAGAAUGUCACAUUUUUUCAAUAACAGUUUGUAA